AUGGGAUCCAACGUGGAGCUGGUAUGGCCAGAGGCAGAGGUAUAUUCGUCACGGGUGAACAACUGCUCACAUGCAAAUUCAUCUCUAGCUGCAAUUCGAGCGAAGUUGAGUGCGGAACAAUUAGAACAAUUCAAGACAUCAUGCUUUGGCCAUCUUCUGAAUAUAGAUAAGAUUCAGUUUAGCGGGCAGAUUGUGCAUGGGGUUGUGUUGCGUAGAGUAGCGGGGCAGGGUGUGAAAGACUUGGAUGGACUGAGUUUCUUAUUAGGGUGUGACGUUGCUCAGUUCACUCGUCAGGAUUUCUGUUUGAUCACAGGGCUUCGUUUUGGGGAAGUGCCUGAAGUUUCCAGUGGAGAGAGUGAUGAAAUCAGACUUCAGAAAAGAUAUUUUAUAGACGAAGGAAUUACAUGCAAUGCUUUAGAAGAAGCAUUUGUGAGGUGCACAGAGGAAGAUGACAUCUACAAGCAAGCUCUUGUUUACUUUGCUGAGUUAGUGGUUUUGGGAAGGGACAAACAUUUGAACAUCAAUCUAAAUUACCUGACCCUUGUAGAGGACUUGGAUGCGUUCAACAGGUAUCCGUGGGGUUCGGUGUCCUUUGACAAAACCCAAGACAGUCUAUUUUCUGCACCAACAAAGUAUGUGAAAAGCUUGGAAAAUGAAGAGGGAAGAGGGAAGGGGAAAAGUAAGGUAACGGGAACAAGCCGGAGAAAUGAGAAGGGCAAGAAGGAUAAGCAUGGUGAAGCGCAAAUGAGUGGCUGGAGUUUUAAAGGUUUCACGUAUGCUUUCCAGAUUUGGGUAUAUGAAUUAAUUCCUAGAAUGGCGGACCUGAAUUACUGCAAGGUUGUUGAUCCGACCGUUGUCCCGCGUAUUUUGCGAUGGAGAACUACUACGUCUGUUCCAGAGAUGAGAAAGUUGAACAAUUAUUUUUUCCAGAGCAAAGAGUCAGUUCAGUUGCGGGCGCUAUGUCCGAGUGAAGAGGAAAUGAGACAGCCAUAUUGGAGUUGGCCACAGGAUCGCCCUGCUGUUGUCUCAGCAGAGUCAAUUCCUUCUUCAUGUGGUGAUCUUGAUGAGUUGAACAAGGUGGUCCUCAGUUUGAGCAGGAAGUAA